AUGCAUGUGCUUUUAACAAAUGAUGACGGGCCCAUUAAUGAUGGGUCUUGUCCAUAUAUGAAAUACUUGGUUGAUGAAAUCAGACAAAACACCGAUUGGGAUCUCUCAAUCGUUAUUCCGGAUCAACAGCGGUCAUGGAUAGGAAAAGCACAUUUUGCUGGUAAGCCAUUGGUUGCGACAUACGUAUACACUAAAUACUCUACAGGGGAACCCAAUCCCGAUAUCAACAAAUUUGAGGGUCCAUUUGACCAACCAGUCAACAAAUACGCGGACAACAAAGAAUACCAAGAGUGGUGCCUUAUAAAUAGCACACCAGCGGCAUGUGCAGAUAUAGGUAUCCACCACUUAUACAGGCAUUCCAAAAACAAACCAAUUGACUUGGUUGUAAGUGGACCGAAUUUCGGAAAGAAUUCGAGUAAUCUUUAUAUUCUUGCUAGUGGAACCGUUGGAGCCGCGAUGGAGGCGGUUACACAUGGUAUAAAAGCUAUAGCAUUGAGUUAUGCAUUUAACAGCAUGGACCACGAUUUCAAUACAUUAAAGGAAGCUGCCAAGAUUUCAGUCAAAUUGAUUGAAAAGUUGUACUUGGAGCUAAAGCAUCACCCUGAAAUAGAUUUGUUCUCAAUCAAUAUUCCAUUAGUUGAUUCACUUAGACUUGGCCAUACAAGGAUUGAAUAUGCGCCAAUAUUACAAAAUCAAUGGGGCUCUAUAUACACUCCACGAGACGCUUUAAACGACAAAGGACAGAUCCAGUUUGACUGGACUCCUGACUUCAAACGUGUCUAUAAAGAUGGACUCAUCGACCACAAUCAUACCGAUAGUAGAGUUUUGUUGAAAGAAGGGAUUAGUGUGACACCUUUGAAAGCAGCAUUUGAGCAGUUGUCAACCUUAACAGGGGAAAUCAAUCUCAACGAAAAAGUGGAUUCGUCAUCUCCCAGAAAAACAUUGUUGAUUACUGUACCGAAAGACGUUUACGUGUAUGAGCCUUUAGUGCAAGCAUUCAAGGCCCUCGGUUAUAAUGUCACGUCCGAUCCCAAUCUGGUACCAAGUGAGUCUCCAAUGUUCCAUUAUGGUGAGUAUGAAGAUAUAAAUCUUGAUUUAAUCCAUGACAAAAACUACUUUAUCCCUUCCUACAUUUAUCGAAAAGCUUUGAUACGAAAGCACUACCUUGCCAAUACUGUACAUCAAUAUGUCGUUAAACAUCCAGAUUCAAUUUUAAAGAGGGCAGUUCCUGAAAACUACCAACUUGAACUUGACUAUGCUGAGUUUCUAGACGACUCACUCGAUGAGGCCUACGAACUAAGAGAUGCUAUAGAAAUGGGCGAUAAAGCAUGGAUUGUAAAGCCAAGUAUGAGUGAUAAAGGUCAAGGUAUAAGUAUCUUCAAAACAGUGGACCAAUUGCAAGCCAUUUUCGAUGCAUUUGAUAAUGAUGAUGAUGAAGAUAUUGGGGAUGAAGAGGGAGAUGGAGACCACAAAAAAAAACAGGGCAAUGGCUUAAUAUUGUCUCAUUUGAGACAUUUCAUUGUACAAGAAUAUAUUGCCAAUCCAUUAUUGCUUCUGGCGUACGGUAACAAAAAGUUUCACUUGAGAACCUACGUAGUUUGUCAAGGAAAUUUAAAAGUCUUUGUAUACAAGAAUAUCUUGGCAUUGUUUGCUGGGGAAACAUAUAAACAACCAACUACUAAUACCAAAGGACAGAUUGUUUUGAAUGGACACUUGACAAAUACUUGCUUACAAGAAGACGAAGACCCUUUGGUUGUUCCAUUUUGGAAGUUGAAAGGGAUUUCCCAAAGUGACAAAGACAAAAUAUUUGACGAGUUAUGUGAAAUAACGGGUGAACUAUUCAAGGCAGCUACCACCGUAGACAAGUUAAACUUUCAACCAUUAGACAAUGCAAUUGAAAUAUUUGGUGUGGAUUUUUUGGUUGAUGAAGAUUGCAAUGUCUUUUUACUAGAAGCAAAUUCAUAUCCUGACUUUAAACAAACUGGAGAUGAUUUGAAGGAUCUCAUUUACAAGCUAUUCAAGCUAGUUGCAGGUGAUAUCGUCGAUCCUUUGCUUACAAAGUCGGAGAAGCCUGCAGUGGAUGGUAACUUGAAACAAGUCUUCUAA